GACAAGUUCUAUCCACUCAUUUUCCUUCUCUCUCUCUUUGGCUCACAACAACUAAAUAACUUCCUUCGUUCGUCCACUAUUUGCACUACCGACGACAACGACGGCGACGAUAAGCACUUUUGCGUCGCCAGGUUCCACCACGAGUGGGUGGAGUGGGGGGUGGAGAAACGGGAAGAUUUUGGCUCAGAAGUAGGAGUUUACAUUAAUUGUUGGAUUGGACAAGAAUAACUUGGUUUGGAACACAAACAAAGAUGUCGAAUGCGGUAGGAGAUCGGGAUGGUUUGAUGGGGGCCAUUAUGAAUUUGACUGCACCGCCCACAUUUGGAAAUUCGGAUGGAAGGAGUAGAGGCGAGAAGGGUCAGAAGAAGGGGACGAGGGCACAACCAAAGGAAGUAUAUUGUGAAGCUUGUGGCGAUAUUGGGGACAUUAUGCUCACCUGUACCGAGUGCACGGUGAUCUCUUACCAUCCCGUGUGUGACGACCCUCCUCUGGAUGAGUCGGAAGUGAAGGAUUUGCGAUGGCAGUGUAGAAGUUGUCGAAAUAAACAGUUUGCAAAUGAAGGUUUACCUCUCCUGACAGCGGAGGUUGGGCUGGACAAUGAUGAAUCUCAGGAAGAGGAUAUUUGUAAUCCGGUCGGAAUGUCGGAACCUGAAUCAGGCAGUGAAGAAAAGAAGGAUAUUAAGGAAGGAGGCAAUGGUGAGAAAGGAGACGCAGUUGCGAAACAGGAAGAGGCCACGGACAUUGCUGUGCCAAAGAAAUUAAGAACUCGGGGAAAGAAACGAAAGGCUACACAGGAUACGAAGCGAAAAGCUGAUAAACUAAGGAAAUUGAUGAAAACGGCAGUAAGAAAAGCUACGUGUGCCAACCCUUCGCUUUUUGAACUUCCCAAAAGUUACCAAGUUAAUCCGUACAACUUUCCUGGUACGAGUAGGAGUGUAAUUAGAAGAGCACCAGGAACUAAAGUGAAACCAGCAGUAAUCGAACUGGAAAAUUUCUGCACACCAAGACCUAUUUCCUGUUGUUUCAAAUGUGGAAAGAGCUGUCGUGUUGGCCCAAUAAUACAAUGUGACUAUUGUCCAAAAUGUUUUCAUUUUGAUUGUCUUACACCGCCGCUGACCACAGCACCAAUAGGAAUCUGGAUGUGUCCCUUACACCCUGAACAUUUUUUGGAAGAGAAAACAUUAAAAUCAGCUCGACUGUCUGAACGGGUGUCACUUUGGAAUUUUACCACGUCUCAAGUUGAUCGAGCCAGCGUUCAAUUGAAAUUCCUUACCGCAACUGAAAGAGUAAACCCUCCAUUUGCUAGAAAGAUACCGUGGCCUCCUUUAAAAAGGUUUUCUUUGAAACCUGGCGAUGGUCACGUCGCUAGUCCUGUAAAAGAUGAUGGAACCAUAAUUUCUUUUAUGGAUAAGUCGAAAUUAGAAGCCAACAUGACCACCCCAACAAGGCAGAAACUUUACCAAUGUUACACUGAUUCAAUGCAAGAUUUCUUUGAGAUGGAUCUAUGCGGAACUGGUUUUGCAGAACUGGAAGAAAUAUUGUCAAGAGUUGUAUCUUUAAAUGAAAAACCAGAAGACGUGGUGGAUCCAGAUCCUUCCAGUACAAAAGAAGUAGUGGCGGUGGCUGAAGAGGCUCCAAAGGCUGCAGAACCUAUGCAGCAGGAUGAUAAUAGUUUUAAUGGAUUUGACCUGUUACUACACGCCGCAAGCCAGGGAGGGCAUUUGGAAUCAUCUCAAGCAUCAUCAUACCAAUUCAGUUCACAAAACACGGGUUCCUUAAGUAACGGAUAUUCAGAGAAAAGAUCCACGUUGAUUCAUCGACCCCUUAAAGACACGAGGCCCGUGUUAAUGGAAAUUUUGUUCAUUGAUCAAAAUCGAAAAUUAACCGUACGCAAUCCGCAAGUUUUCUUUGGCACGGAAAGUUACGAUCGUGCAAACACCAGUAUUGUCGAUCCGUCACAAUUGACCAACUGUCCUCGGAUAUCACCUUGGCACGCAAUUCUAUUUUUUGAUAUUUAUCGUAAGCAGUGGGAAAUGAUUAACUACAGUAAACAUGGAAUUAGUGUAGAUUGUAGUCGAUAUAUUUUAAAACCAAAAGUAAGAAAACCUGCCAAAAUUAAUACUUUACAAGCGAUGAAAGAUGAGAUUCUGAAGAAGCGUAAAAUCCUAGUUGAAAAACAAUACUCUCUCACCUCCAGAGUACCUCGCAUUGAAGAUACCUGUGAUUGUUACAAGAGCGAAAUUGGCCGGUGUCUUAAUAUCAUUGACAACGAAGGAAGUGCCCCCGUUAACCUCAACUCACAAAUUCAGAUGGGCUGCCUCCGCAUGAUUGUGACCUACGUUUGUGGCAAAUCAAACAGUACAGCUACUUCCGAGUCAGCGAAUCUCACCACGUCGUCAUUGUUUCCAAAUCCUGAACAAAUAGCGACUGAAGGUGUUAUAAAGUCGUAAACUGCCAAGAUAAUCCUACAUAUAAUACCUUAAUAUAGUAACAUUUAUUCUGAUUUAUAAGUAACACCACCUGUAUCCAAUACAAAAAACUCGUAUUUUUAAUCUAUUUUCAGAGAAUAAAUUCAUAUUUUAAGUAUGUUUAGCA